AUGAACGGCGAAGGGGCGCCGAAUCCCCGGCGCCAUGACGCCGAACUCUUCCGGGUUGUCAAUAAAAGUCGGCUCGAGGACAUCUCCCAGCAACUCCGUUCGCAGAUUGAAACUCCCUGGGCCCUUUUCUUCCCUACGCUCCCGGUUUUGACCGUCCUCUGCGUGGGGGCCACGAUAGGAAGGUUAGCCCUGUCGAUCAGCGCGACGUGGGCAGUAUUCGACUUCUAUAAAAGCGAGUCGCCAUCCACCGCUUUCGUUCGGUCCAGAGACGCCGCCUUCUUCUUGGCGGUGCUGGGAAACAUACUCCCAGCUGUUGAUAACCCACCACUACUGGUCUAUGCGCUCACUGGCCUGACGAGAUCGACGCGUGGCUGGGCCCACGCGCUGCUGAGUAUCGGGCUCUGCGCGACUAGCAUCAUUUUGAUGGUCACUAUGACUCUCUUGAGGCUAUAUAUUCCUUGCCCAACCAGGUUACCCAAGCGCUACAAACCAUUUGUGAGUGCCGAUAACGAUGCCGCCUCCUCGGAUAUGGUCGAUAGGGAAGAUUCUGGCGAGAGGGGACCUCUGGCCUCGUUAUUUUCACAACAGCGGCACGGUCUUCGCCGGCGUCGAUACGAGCAAAGCGCGCGUGAACACUUCCUAGACCAACCGCAGGCCCCAUUACAGCAGCCUGCCAAAAGGUCUUUCAUUCUUCUGAACGACGGCACCCUCGACCUCGUCCCUGAGGAGACCCCAAUUUCAGAGGUGGAGCAGAAAACCGACAAUGCAGUAACGCCAAAGCCAGCUACUGGUGGCUUCUGGCCAGGACCGCAGAUCAACGUCCUCCACUUCGCCCUAGCUGGCCUGGGUCUUUUGGCAGCUGCGGCACACGUCGGAAUUCAGGUGUGGAGAUACACGACUUUUCUCAGUAGUGAUGGGACCGUGGACGAAUAUUUCGGUGGCCAAUGGCAACUCAGAGUCUCCCUCGCGUACCCCUUCGCGCUGAUUAUAGCCUUGGGCCCUACCCUCAUUCUCUACUUUCUCAGGAUAUCUCCCACUUCCCAUGUCUACGGCAAGGCGACUGCCGGGGACGCCGUCAUGCUCGUCACCGCUGGCGCUAUCGGGCUCUUUCUCACAGGCAUCGUUGUAACAAGCAAAGAGAUCCCACAUCUGUACCCUGAUCCACUCUUCCAGCUCCGCCCCGUCACUUGGGAUUCCUUCCUCCUGGGCGAGGCCAUCCUCCACCGCACUUUGAAUGACUGCCUUGGCAAUCUUUACACUCAGUUCCCGUACGUGCUCUACAUCUGGCAAAAGUGGUUUCGUGUCAUCCUCGAGGGCCGGUGCCUCCGCCGCGAGCGCUUUGGAUGCUGCCACGAGCAUCUUAGUCGAGACCCGACUCGUCCGCGCGAGAAUAGCCCCGAGACCGAUGCCAGGGAAAACGGUAGAGUUGUUGCAUUCAGCUGA